UACCCUUUUGAGAGUUUUCGCCCAUAUAAAAAGCCUGAUAGUCCGGAGGAGAGACGGACGAGCCAACGAUUUGGUCUUCCCUCGUUUUGGUUUUCUAGAUCUCUCCUAUCUCUUGCUCUGUUUGAUCUGCUGUCUCUCGGUUCUGGAAAGAGAAUCAUGGCUGAUCAGCUCACCGACGAUCAGAUCUCCGAGUUCAAGGAGGCUUUUAGCUUGUUCGACAAGGAUGGAGAUGGUUGCAUUACAACCAAGGAAUUGGGGACGGUUAUGCGAUCACUUGGGCAGAAUCCAACAGAGGCAGAACUCCAGGACAUGAUCAACGAGGUUGAUGCUGAUGGAAAUGGAACCAUUGACUUCCCAGAGUUCCUGAACCUUAUGGCCCGGAAGAUGAAGGACACCGAUUCUGAAGAGGAGCUCAAGGAGGCUUUCAGGGUGUUUGACAAAGAUCAGAAUGGCUUCAUUUCCGCAGCUGAGCUGCGCCAUGUUAUGACUAACCUCGGUGAGAAGCUGACAGAUGAGGAAGUUGAUGAGAUGAUUCGUGAGGCUGAUGUUGAUGGUGAUGGACAGAUCAACUACGAGGAGUUUGUGAAGGUCAUGAUGGCCAAGUAAGGACCAACCCUACCAUAACCUUAAGAUCAAAAGGUGGGAAAAGAAAAAGAAAUUUGAAAGAGGUAACCGGGUAGAUAAUUAUAAUUCCAUUUCUAUCUUCCCUAAGGCAUUUCUUUUAAAGUUCAGAAAGGAAAAGAGUUCCAAAAGGGGUAGUGUGUCUAUGGUACAUGGGUUGGUUGUCUUUCACAUCCUAUCUCCCUGAUUAUAUUUUGGUUGUGUAGUGUUUUCUCAUGUCUGCCUGUUUUUGCAUAUCGUAGUGGUUUGGAUUCUUAGUCCUUCUGAACUUUUGCUUUUGCGAAUCAUGAACAGUCGGAGUGUCCAUUCUCUUUUUGUUUGACUCAAUUUUAUUACAUCCUUAAUUUUCUUUUCAUGGUUAAAUUUCUUUUUAAGUAAUUACAUUGGUCCAUCUCUCUCAGUCUCUUAUUGUUAUUCCUCUAGCUUGUAACCGAGGGCAUUCCCUCGAUUGGUAUGGGUUGGGUAUGGGGCAUAUUUUCUCA